CCCAUUUCUGUAUUCAACCAAAAAUUCAAUCUUUUUUGAGUUUCCCAAAAGUCAGUUUUUUUUCCCUCAACUGAAUUUGUUUUAGGGUUUUAAAAUUGACAAGUUUUUCCAUGUAAUAGCAAGAAAAAUUUGUGUGGAGGAGAGAGAAAUGGCUUCUGGAAGUAGAACAAAGCAUUCCCAUCAUAGUUCAUCUCAAGCUCAAUCUUCAGGUACAAGUAAUGUAAAUUACAAAGAUUCAAUAAGCAAAGCUAUAGCACAGUACACAGCUGAUGCUAGGCUUCAUGCUGUGUUUGAACAAUCUGGUGAGUCUGGAAAGUUUUUUGAUUAUUCACAGUCUGUUAAAACUACUACACAAUCUGUGCCUGAAAGGCAAAUUACUGCUUAUUUGACUAAAAUUCAAAGAGGAGGUCAUAUUCAGCCUUUUGGUUGUAUGAUAGCUGUAGAUGAGGCUAGUUUUCGUGUAAUAGCUUAUAGUGAAAAUGCCUGUGAAAUGCUUAGUUUAACUCCACAAUCUGUUCCAAGCCUUGAGAAGUGUGAGAUCCUCACUAUUGGAACUGAUGUUAGGACCCUUUUUACCCCUUCUAGCUCUGUUUUGCUAGAAAGAGCAUUUGGGGCACGUGAGAUCACUUUACUCAACCCAAUUUGGAUACAUUCCAAGAAUUCUGGAAAGCCCUUUUAUGCAAUUUUGCACAGGGUUGAUGUUGGUAUUGUCAUUGAUUUGGAGCCUGCUAGAACUGAGGACCCUGCUUUAUCUAUUGCUGGAGCAGUGCAAUCACAGAAACUUGCAGUGAGGGCUAUUUCUCAUUUGCAAUCACUUCCUGGUGGGGACAUUAAGCUUUUGUGUGAUACUGUUGUUGAGAGUGUCAGGGAGUUAACCGGGUAUGACCGGGUUAUGGUAUAUAAAUUUCAUGAGGAUGAGCAUGGAGAGGUAGUGGCUGAGAGUAAAAGAUCAGAUUUAGAGCCCUAUAUCGGUUUGCAUUAUCCUGCUACUGAUAUUCCUCAAGCUUCACGGUUUUUGUUUAAGCAGAACAGGGUGAGAAUGAUUGUGGACUGCCAUGCUACCCCUGUGCGGGUUACUCAGGAUGAAUCACUGAUGCAGCCUUUAUGUCUAGUUGGUUCCACACUUAGAGCACCUCAUGGUUGCCACGCACAGUACAUGGCAAAUAUGGGGUCUAUUGCCUCAUUAACACUGGCAGUUAUUAUCAACGGAAAUGAUGAGGAAGCUGUGGGUGGCGGUCGAAAUUCAAUGAGGCUAUGGGGCUUGGUUGUUGGACACCACACUUCUGUUCGGUCCAUUCCUUUCCCUCUUAGGUAUGCAUGUGAAUUCCUUAUGCAGGCCUUUGGACUCCAAUUGAACAUGGAGUUGCAAUUGGCGUCACAGUUGUCUGAGAAACAUGUUUUAAGGACACAAACACUGUUAUGUGACAUGCUCCUUCGAGACUCUCCACCGGGGAUUGUUACCCAAAGCCCCAGUAUUAUGGACCUUGUGAAGUGCGAUGGUGCUGCUCUAUACUACCAGGGGAAGUACUAUCCAUUAGGCGUCACACCAACUGAAGCUCAGAUAGAGGACAUUGUGGAGUGGUUAUUGGCUUACCAUGGAGACUCAACAGGUUUAAGUACUGACAGUUUGGCUGAUGCUGGGUAUCCUGGAGCAGCUUCACUUGGUGAUGCAGUUUGUGGUAUGGCUGUCGCUUAUAUAACUUCUAAAGAUUUCUUGUUUUGGUUUCGCUCCCACACAGCGAAAGAAAUAAAGUGGGGUGGUGCAAAGCAUCAUCCUGAAGACAAGGAUGACGGACAGAGAAUGCAUCCACGUUCUUCCUUCAAGGCAUUUCUGGAAGUUGUUAAAAGUCGGAGCUCACCAUGGGAAAAUGCCGAAAUGGAUGCAAUCCACUCUUUGCAGCUAAUUCUGCGAGAUUCAUUUAAGGAUGCUGAGGCAAGUAAUUCUAAGGCUAUUGUGCAUGCUCAUCUUGGGGAAAUGGAGUUGCAAGGGAUAGAUGAACUGAGUUCUGUUGCCAGAGAAAUGGUUAGAUUGAUCGAAACUGCAACGGCUCCCAUAUUUGCUGUUGAUGUCGAAGGUCACAUAAAUGGGUGGAAUGCAAAGGUCGCUGAAUUGACAGGUUUAUCAGUUGAAGAAGCAAUGGGGAAGUCCUUGGUUCAUGAUCUUGUGUACAAAGAAUCACAGGAGACUGCUGAGAAGCUUCUGUACAAUGCUCUAAGAGGCGAGGAAGAUAAAAAUGUAGAAAUAAAGUUGAGGACAUUUGGCGCUGAACAACUGGAGAAAGCUGUUUUUGUGGUGGUUAAUGCUUGCGCUAGCAAAGAUUACACAAACAACAUUGUUGGUGUUUGCUUUGUUGGGCAGGAUGUUACUGGGGAAAAAGUUGUUAUGGACAAGUUUAUUAAUAUCCAAGGUGAUUACAAGGCCAUUGUGCACAGCCCCAAUCCUCUGAUCCCUCCAAUAUUUGCAUCAGAUGAGAACACUUGUUGCUCCGAGUGGAACACUGCCAUGGAAAAACUCACUGGUUGGUCUAGAGGGGAGAUUGUUGGAAAAAUGUUAGUUGGUGAGAUUUUUGGAAGUUGUUGUCGGCUCAAGGGCCCAGAUGCCAUGACAAAGUUCAUGAUCGUGUUGCAUAAUGCAAUUGGAGGCCAGGAUACAGACAAGUUUACAUUUUCCUUUUUUGACCGAAAUGGGAAAUAUGUGCAAGCUCUUUUGACUGCAAACAAGAGAGUCAAUAUGGAGGGCGAUACUAUUGGGGCUUUCUGUUUCAUACAGAUAGCCAGUCCCGAACUGCAGCAAGCUCUUAGAGUUCAAAGGCAACAAGAAAAGAAGUGUUAUUCUCAGAUGAAAGAGCUGGCAUACAUUUGUCAGGAAAUAAAAAGUCCUCUUAAUGGUAUACGCUUUACAAAUUCAUUGUUGGAGGCCACAAAUUUGACAGAAAAUCAGAAGCAGUAUCUAGAGACAAGUGCUGCUUGUGAGAGGCAGAUGUCUAAGAUCAUUAGGGAUGUUGAUCUGGAAAACAUUGAGGACGGUUCACUGACCCUUGAGAAAGAAGAUUUUUUUCUUGGGAGUGUAAUAGAUGCUGUUGUUAGCCAAGUGAUGCUAUUGCUGAGGGAAAAAGGCGUGCAGUUAAUCCGUGAUAUACCAGAGGAAAUUAAGACAUUAACAGUACAUGGUGAUCAAGUGAGAAUUCAACAGGUCUUGGCAGAUUUCUUGUUGAACAUGGUACGGUAUGCACCAUCACCUGAUGGGUGGGUAGAAAUCCAACUUCGACCAAGUAUGAUGCCAAUAUCUGAUGGAGUAACUGUUGUGCAUAUUGAACUCAGGAUUAUAUGCCCCGGCGAAGGGCUUCCUCCUGAAUUGGUUCAAGACAUGUUCCACAGCAGUCGGUGGGUAACUCAGGAAGGCCUAGGACUGAGCAUGUGCAGAAAAAUGUUAAAGCUUAUGAAUGGAGAAAUCCAGUAUAUCAGAGAAUCAGAAAGAUGCUAUUUCCUGAUUAUCCUUGACCUGCCAAUGACCCGCAAAGGUCCAAAGAGUGUUGGCUAGGAGCUUACAGCACACAGUAAGAGAAGAACCUGUAAUAUCUCUUAAAAUUGCAUGCUGGUGAAAUUCUGGUAAUGCCUCUGAUCCUUUAAUGGAACUUGACACAGGAGAGAGCAAGUAUGGGGGAUUGAUCGGCAUCAUUCUAACGCUAUUAAAUGAGCUGUUUCCUACAUUGUUGCGACUUGUAUUUGCCAGCGUCUUUUAUAACUCUGAACUGGUAUUCUCUCAGCAUGUGCAAGUUGAGAAAGCUGUUGCUCCUUCGUGUAUGUUUUUACCAAAGAUUAAUUCUUGACAUAGUAAGUGGCUAAUGGCCAAAUAAUUGGAAAAUGGUUAGCAUGAUUCCAAAUUACUUGAUCCCAGAGCUGUUGUGUGUAGCAUAACAAGUGUAUUGUUGUAUAAUACUAGUAUGUAUUAAAAGGUGGAAUAAAUGUCAUCCUUUCCAUGGUCUGGAUGAGUUGGUGUCUCCCACUCUUUGUAACAUUAGGAUUUGUGUAACAUGAACAUACUGAGAAUCUUAAAUGACUAAUUAGCUCCUCUUGGUGGCUGAUCUUCCUAUUUUUGGAAAUAA